AUAAUUCAUAAAUACAAACGAAAUGCUACAGUUGCAUAUUUAUAGCAAAAUGCAAAUUUUACCACUCCUAAAUUUGGGAAGCCUAUGCCACUUCCAAUUUGGGAAGCCUAAGCCGUCUUCCCGGUUGUUUCUCUUCUAUUUUUGCUUGUGUCCACGUUGCCGUUUUUGACAUCCGAAAGGGGAAAUCGGAGAGGUACACCUCAUACGGUCAAUAGCCCUCUGCAACUUUCCAACCUCGCGGGAGGCCCAGCGAGAUCCGUGCCGCCGCCCGCCGGCAACAUCCCUCGCUCCUCGCCGCCGCCUCCGUCCUCCUGACCACGCGGGCUGCCCGGCCGCACCGCACGCCCUGCAGAUCGCCGACCACCCCCACGAGCGCCCUCCAUGCUCCUGCGCUCCGCGCCGCGUCGCCUCCACCUCCUCCGCCAGCACCACCUCCGCCUCCUCUCCGCGGCGGCGCUCGCCUCCGCCGCGCCGGCCCCGGCCCCGGCCCCGCCCCAGGCCCCCACCGAGUGGGCCGAGGCGCCGCUCGCCUCCGUGCGCCCGGCCACCGCCGACGCCUCGCUCUACCACAUCUCCCUCGACCUCUCCGCGCACCGCGGCCUCCUCGCCUCCCACGCCGCCGCCGGCCAGUUCCUCCCCUUCCGCCUCCCCGCUGCGCCCUACCCCAUCUUCCUCGCCAUCGCGUCCCCGCCCCCCUCGCCCGGGUCCUCCUCCGCCGCCGCCUUCGACUUCCUCGUCAAGCGCCUCCCGGGCACCCCCUCCGCGCGGCUCUGCGAUCUCCGCCCCGGCGACCUCGUCCACGUCGGCGCCAGCGUCGUCGGCCGCGGGUUUGAGGUUAACAGGAUAGCUGACGCCCGUGAUGUCCUCGUCUUCGCCACCGGAUCCGGAAUCAGUCCUAUUCGGUCACUUAUUGAGUCAGAUUUUGUUCAAGACCAUAAAACUGGCGUAAGCCUCUUUUAUGGGGUUAGAAAUCUUCAAAGGAUGGCAUAUCAGGAGAGGUUCGAUGAUUGGGAGGCCAAAGGAGUUAAAAUUGUGCCUGUCCUCUCAAGACCAGACAGUCAAUGGACAGGCGAGCGAGGUUAUGUCCAGAAUGUUUUCUCAAGGAUGAAGAAUAUUGUAAACCCUUCAUCAGCGGGAGCAAUUUUGUGUGGACAUAAACAGAUGACAGAGGAAAUUACAAGAGUUCUUGUUGCCGAUGGUUUGUCAAAAGAUAAAAUCCUAACUAACUUCUGACCGCCAGUAGGACACAGUUCCAGCCAUUUUGGAUGUUGUACCAUUUUUGUACUACGAUCUAGCAGUUAUUCUUUACAGUAAGUGCGACUGGAAAUUGCAACAGGAAGACAGUUGCGUCCUUACAAAUAAUACUCUCAACAGCCACUGGGCAUCCGAACCAGUCCCUAGUUGAGAGAAUGUUUUGUAGCAUGAGACUACUUCCUUGUAAGGCGUUGAUGUACUCAGAAAGCCCCCUCCUUGGAGAAAUGAUAGGGGAUAUAGAUAGUAGCAUUAUUUUCAGUUUAUACCUUAAAAUAUUAGCGCUGCACAUGCCUUUUUCAGCACUGAGAUUUUGGUGUAUAUUGUCAAAUUUUGAAAUGAGUGAUGUGUUUAAUUUUGGUGCUCA